AUGCUGCCUGAGGAAGAUUCCGGAUCUCCAUCAGCAUCUGUCAAUUCGGCUGUGGUUGAGUUUGCAGCGGCUGAUGCAUCACGGGAGGCUACACCCACUAGCACCUCUGAAGAUAGAGCCACUACCAAGCGCAGGAGUACUGAGAAAUUGCUUGCGCAGAUAGUGACGCAGUUGUGCAACGCUGGAGCAUUGGACUUCUGUCGAAAUCUAUUGGAAAGUGUAGCAAGUUACUGGCGCACUGCUCGAGAACACCGAACGGCGCCUAGGGCAUGGUCGCGAGACAGCGGUGCAGCUUCACACGAAUCUGGCGUUACUGGCAUAUCAAAUGGUACGCGCUAAUU